CAAUCACAGGGCGGAGGUGUGUCCGAGCUCGCAGCGGGCCAAUGGCGUGUGUGUGUGGCAGCGUCUCCAUGGUGACUGGGCUGUUCCUGGGGAGGCUGUGAUGGGUUGACAGGUGCGUGACAGUCGGAGCUCUCUGCAGGCAUGUACGGCAAAGGCAAGAGCAACAGCAGCGUCCCGUCCGACAGCCAGGCCAGAGAGAAGUUUUCUUCUGUUUCCAGGUUAGCACUGUAUGUAUAUGAAUAUCUUCUCCAUGUAGGAGCACAGAAGUCCGCACAGACAUUUUUAUCAGAGAUAAGAUGGGAAAAAAACAUCACAUUGGGCGAACCUCCAGGAUUCUUACACUCUUGGUGGUGUGUGUUUUGGGAUCUCUAUUGUGCAGCUCCAGAAAGACGUGAAACAUGUGAACACUCAAGUGAAGCUAAAGCCUUUCAUGAUUAUAGCGCUGCAGCAGCUCCCAGUCCAGUGCUAGGAAACAUUCCCCCAGGAGAUGGCAUGCCAGUAGGUCCUGUUCCACCGGGUUUUUUUCAGCCUUUCAUGUCUCCUCGAUAUCCAGGAGGCCCAAGGCCACCUUUAAGGAUACCCAAUCAGGCACUAGGAGGUGUCCCAGGAAGUCAGCCAUUAUUACCUAGUGGGAUGGAUCCAACACGGCAGCAAGGUCAUCCAAAUAUGGGAGGACCAAUGCAGAGGAUGACUCCACCUAGGGGAAUGGUCCCACUAGGCCCGCAGAACUAUGGAGGAGCAAUGAGACCCCCACUGAAUGCUUUAGGUGGCCCUGGAAUGCCAGGAAUGAACAUGGGUCCAGGAGGUAGUAGACCUUGGCCAAACCCUACAAAUGCCAAUUCUAUACCGUACUCUUCUGCUUCACCUGGGAAUUAUGUAGGUCCACCAGGAGGUGGAGGACCACCUGGAACACCCAUCAUGCCUAGUCCGGCAGAUUCAACCAACUCUGGAGAUAACAUGUACACUUUAAUGAAUGCAGUACCUCCUGGAGCCAACAGACCUAAUUUUCCAAUGGGACCAGGGUCAGAUGGUCCAAUGGGUGGAUUAAGUGGAAUGGAUUCACAUCAUAUGAAUGGAUCACUAGGCUCAGGAGAUAUGGACAGUAUCUCCAAAAAUUCUCCAAGUAAUAUGAGUAUGAGCAAUCAGCCUGGGACUCCUCGAGAUGAUGGUGAAAUGGGGGGUAACUUUCUAAAUCCUUUUCAGAGUGAAAGUUAUUCCCCCAGCAUGACAAUGAGUGUGUGAUCCAAUACCAAGUUUCUUCGUGAAGGCUGCACUGAGUUGGCCCUCUCCAGAGAGCUACUAAAGAAGAAAAAAUAUUCAUCCCUGUGUACAGUUUAACAGAAAAGAUUUCUGCCACAUUUGGACCCACCAUUAUUUUCCAACCAUCUUCCCUGUUUUGUGAAGAAAGUGGGUCUUGAUCUGGUUUCAGCUAUAAUAUGUGGCAUAUCAGAGCUGCCCAAGACUGAACUGCAAACAAUUAUCUGUGUAUGUAUAUGUAGGGAUAGGUGUAUGUAUGUGUGUGUUACAGAGACAUAAAUAUGAGCACAUACAUAUAUAGACCUGCAGGACGUUGUAAAAUAUUAUCACAUGACAUCUUAAGUAGAAAUAAGAAAUAGGGACUUUUAUUCCAUCUUUUUUACGUUUACAUUUUAUCUUUCACAAGAACUGCUUCCUUCUUCCCAUCCGACCUGUUUUGUGCUGUGUAUAUCACUGCUUUGUAAGUUAUUUUUUAAAAACUGAUCUCAGAUACAUUCUGUUUUU